AUGAUAUCGUUUUCUCCGUUCAGACAUUAUUCUCUCUCUCUCUCUCUCUCUCUCUCUCUCUCUCUCUCUCUCUCAAACUAUCUAUCUAUAUUAAAAAAACCUCUUUAUUUUCUUUUUUUCCUUACAAUUAUAUUCCUACUUUUCUUUCAUGGUUCUCCGACCAUUCCCUUUCAUUUCUCUAAUCUACUCUUACUUCAGCCUUCGAAUUUCUUACCCUCUUCUCGUCCUCUCUCUAUUAUUGAAACGAACCCCCAGACACCGGAGUCCAUAGACCCGUCGCUCGUGUUUUCUUCUCACCUUUCAGUUCAUUUUGAUAUUAUCUCCUCUUUACUGACGUCGUCUUUUGCUCAAUUAUCCGAGGAAACUGAAUUGACUAAGUUUGUUUCUUUCUUUCUCAGUCUAUCUAUCUAUCUAUCUUUUAUUCUUAAUCUGUUUCUUUCUUUCUAUUUAUCUAUCUCUUUUUAUCUCAGUCUCUUUCUUUCUUUCUUUAUCUAUCUAUCUAUCUAUUAUUCUCAAUCUGUUUCUUUCUUUCUAUUUAUCUCUCUUUUUUUAUCUCAGUCUGUUUCUCUCUUCUUAUCUAUCUAUCUAUCUAUCUAUCUUCUUUUAUUCUCAAUCUGUUUCUUUCUUUCUAUUUAUCUAUCUCUUUUUAUCUUAGUCUGUUUCUUCCUUCUUAUCUAUCUAUCUUGGAACGGUAAUCUUAAAAAUUUUGUCAUUUCUCAAUUGCGGACUGUUGAUUUUUUUAUUGAAAAUAAAAUCUAUCUAUCUAUCUAUCUAUCUAUCUAUCUAUCUAUCACAGCAUGUGGAUAUCUAUCUAUCUAUCUAUCUAUCUAUCUAUCUAUCUAUCUAUCUAUCUAUUGA